AUGGCGGACAGCUUGAGGAGGUUGGUCAGCGCGGAGAGCGGCCGGAUGCUGCAGGAGAAGCUGGAGAGCUGGCAUCGGAACUACGAGUUUAAUUCCUGUGAUCAAAAUCUGAACCGAUGCUGUGAAAUAUUAGAACUGAGUUCUGAGAUUCAAGGUCAGCUCUUCGCAAUCCUCAAUGAAACAUCUCGAGAAGGUGGGCAAUAUGCAGGUGUGGACACAAUCAAAACUCGUCUCCUGCCGCGGCUGGCACCUGGUUUUAGCUGCUCAUCAGGAAGUAUCUUUGACACCACUCUCACUCAGGAUUUAAUUGAGAAAGAGAGGCAGCUGAGAGAGCUGGUCAGCAACCAGAAUUUUCAACUGCAAGAGCUGCAGGAAGAACUGACUUCAACUCGUCUAAAGCUCAACCAAGUGCAACAAGAUCUGAAGAUUUCUCAUUCCCAAGAGAAGGAUGCCCAGAAGAAGUUAAAUUGUCUGAACGACUAUGAGCAUCAGAUUCAAAUGCUGAAGGAUAAGAUUUCUAUCCUGGAUGCCGAGAAUUCUCUUCUCCAAAGCAGGCUUGCACGGAGUCACUCUCCUUCCCCAAGGCACAGAGAGAACAAGUCACUCACUGCACUUCCCCUGAGGAGCUCCUCAUCUGGCCGAGCCAGGCGCACAAACGCUUCCCGGCGUGCUUGCUUGAUAACUCGCUUUGGUGACAUUUAUGAUCAUAGACGCUUGGAUGCAGAAACCUUUUUAAAGACAUACAUCAGUGACAUGGAGAUGGUACACAGGAUAAUAUACAUUGCAGCUGUGGAGUCUUUUCAUGCAGCAAAGAUGGCCUACAGGCAAUUCAAACUACGUGUAACAGAGACUCUGUCUCUUGGUCACACGGGACCUGAAUCACUUGAGGAUACUGUCCUGGAUUAUAUAGUUGACCAUGAGGAUCUGUAUGAUGUUCAAGCCAGUGUCAAUGAAGUAAUUCGCUCCAUGAACAUCAACCCAAAGAUUUCAUUUCCAUCAGAAAUUGAUUUCAUUGUGAUCAGCACUUUGAUUCGAGAGUUGUGCCGUGUGGCUUUUUCAAUGCAGACGCUUGUUCCUCCUCUUGAUAUUGCCUUUGGGAUUGAUGGAGAACUUUUCAGUGAGACCAAGUACUAUCGUAGUUUUGACUCCGAUUUCACAGCUGCCUUGGUGGCCUAUCAUGUAUGGCCUGCACUGAUGGAAAAUGAUAUUGUUAUUGUGAAGGGAGAAGCAGUCACCAAGAGAGGAGUACUGUGGUCUGGUAGAAGUAGAAGCAGAAACACAAACAGAAGCCGAAGCUGCAGCCGAAGCCGUAGCACCAGUCCUCUUCUAGCUCAUCACUUGUCUCGGAGCCGCAGUCCUUCACCACUGAGGAAUAGAUGCCUGAGGCGUUAACUGAAUAUGUUCCUAUGAUGCAGUACAUCCAGAUCCAACAACUUCACUGGUGCCUUCUCUCUUCAAGAAUACCUCAAAUCUCACAAUAAUGUGAACAGCAAUUAU